AUGAAGGUUAGAGAUAACGUUGUCAAAUCACUUAAUUUUUUGCAUUUCCAUAGGAAAAGAGCUUUGGUUACUACAUCAUUCCUUUCUGUUUACAGUUUUGCAUGCUAUAAAUCUACUGAUUCGCCCUAUGAGAUAUUGAGAAUGGGAGUUGCAGGUUCAUUGGCAAAUUUAGUGGUUGAAUCUAUGUUUCACUUUGUAGACACUGUGAAUGUAAGAGCCAAAUUGAGUGAUAAAAGUAUAUCUUCUUUGAAUAUGGCUAGAAAAAUCUAUACAAAGGAAGGGAUAUAUGGAUUUUCAAAAGGAUUUUCAGCGUGUUUUUAUGGAUCGGUGGCUUGCGGCUUUAUAUACUUUUCCCUCUAUAAACUAUUCAAGCCCUACUUUAAAGAUUAUCUUGGUGAUACUUACAAUAUUGCGUGGACCUUUUUCUUAGCCUCGUUCGUUGCUGAGUUCUUCACAUUAAUCUUCUAUUACCCUUUUGAUUUGGUUAAAUGCAGGCUACAGUCUAAUAAUUUCUAGUUCAAGUAUAGAAAUAUUCCACAUGCCUUUAGAAAGGAAAUUCAGCAAGGCUCAAUUCUUUCAUUAUACAAGGGUUCAUUGCCGUUUCUUACUGCAUAUACUCUAUGUGUUUCACUCCAAUUUACUAUUUACGAAUACAUCAUCAAAUUUUACAAGAAUCUUUAUAAAGAUGAUUAUGCUAAUAAGGAGAUUCAAUCAAAUAUUGUGGCAUCUUUCCUCGGAGGAGCAAUAGGGAGUGGACUCACAAAUGCAUUUGAAGUACUAACAAUCAAUAAGCAAGCCAACCCGGAUAUAAAAAUCUUAAAAAUUAUUCAACAAGAGAGAAUAUCCUUGGUAUAUAAAGGGCUCUCAGCAAGAGUCUUUUAUCACAGUUUCCAAUCAAUCGUCUUCUUCAAUCUUGUAAUGUACAUAGGUAAAACGUAUAAUGUUGAGCUAUCAGAUGAAUGA